AUGUAUGAAUUAAACGAUGCUAAGUUGGAAAGGAUAUCGAACAAAGAUUUAAUUCGAAAAAUAAUAGAGUUACAAUAUUGUCUUAUCAAUUUAUCAGAUAGUAUGGAAAUAUUAAAAAGCAAAAAUAAAAUAUUAGAUGAGGAAAAUGAAUAUUUACAAAAAAAUAUUGAAAAUAUUGUAAAUGAUGUUAAAAAUGAGUCAACAAAUUAUUUGAACAAGACAAAUAAAAAUAAAAAUAAAAAUGAUGAUAAUAAAAAUUAUAAUGUAGAUAUAAUAAAUGACGAAUAUAAAAAUAAUUGUAAUGAUAAUUAUAAUUAUAAUCAGAAUUAUUAUACACAUGAUAAUAUUAAGGGAAAUAUUUCAAAUAUAUACACACAUAAUAUUAUACCCGAGCAACAUAUAAAUGAAAACGCUUCUUUAAUAUCAAAUGAACAAAAAAAUAUUAUAAAAACCAAACAUACCAUCAUAAAUAAUAUACCUCAUAUGGACCAAAAAACAAAUGACAAUAUGGAAGACUAUAUAAAUAAGAAUCAUCAAAAUGAUUAUCAUAAAAACAAUUAUAAACAUAUAAAUAAAGACAAUAUUACACAAAAUCAUCAUAACAAUUUCACACACAAAAUGAAUUCAAAUAAUGAUAGUUGUAAUAUUUAUAAUAAUAAUAUUGAUAUUUAUAAAAAUUCAAAUAUUAAUGAUAAACAAAUUAUAGACGAAAAUAAUACUUUAACACAAACUAUUCAACCAAAAAAAAAUGUAAACAAUAAUGUUAAAAAUCAUAUUUUUAAUACAUUAAAAGAUAGUACAACGAAGAGUAAUAUAUAUAAUUUAAUUAUGGAAACGGAUAAAUUAAAUUCUAUAUUUAAUAUGGCUACUAAUGUUUUAAAUAACUCCUUUUUUUAUCUAUCAAAAGAACAUAAUCAAAAGAAAAAUAAUCAUGACACACAUAAUAAUUAUAAAAAUUUAAAUUAUAAACAAAGUUAUCAAAAUGAAACAAAUCAUCAAAAAUCAACUUAUUUAAGAAAUACAAAAAAUAAUCAUAUGAAAAAUGAUAUAUUCUGUAAAGAAACUUACCUGAAUUGUUCAGGUAAAAAUGAUAAAUAUAAAAUCGAUCAACAACAAAAUUAUAUUAAGCAGGAUAAUGAAAUUAUUAAAAGAGAAGAUGACGAGAAAAAAAUUAUGAACGAUGGUAUAAUAAAAGAGGAAAUAAAAAGGGAAGAUGAGAACAUUAUAAAAGAUGAAAUAAAAAGGGAAGAUGAGAACAUUAUAAAAGAGGAAAUAAAAAAUAAAGAUAAGGAAAUUACAAAGGAGGAAAUAAAAAGGGAAGAUGAGAACAUUAUAAAAGAGGAAAUAAAAAAUAAAGAUAAGGAAAUUACAAAGGAGGAAAUAAAAAAGGAAAAAAACAACAUUACAAAUGAUGAAAUAAACAAGGAAGAAAACAACAUUACAAAGGAGGAAAUAAAAAAGGAAGAAAACAACAUUACAAAUGAUGAAAUAAACAAGGAAGAAAACAACAUUACAAAGGAGGAAAUAAAAAAGGAAGAAAACAACAUUACAAAGGAGGAAAUAAACAAGGAAGAAAACAACAUUACAAAGGAGGAAAUAAG